GUAUAGUAGUCAUCUUAAAGACAAUUUUCAAAAAAUGCGACCAAAAUAUUUUCUCGAAAAUUUCGACAUUGCGUCUGUUCGUCUCGAAAUCGAAAACGAGGUUGGGAGGAUGAAAGCGGAAGUGAUAAAUUGUAAAUAAAAACUCUUCCACAAAUAAGUGAAUCAUACACUAAUUAGGUUAUUGACAUUUACAAGAAUGAACCAAUAGGAUUAUGAAGUUACAAUGUAUCUAGGAAAGUUACCUAGAAGUGCUUUCUCAAUGACAAUACAUUAAAAAUACGUCAUCAAAAAUCAUUUCUGAACUUUCAUUUUCUAAACAAAAAAAAUUCAAAAAAUCCAAGGACAGACUGAGAAAUGUAUUUCAGUAUAUCUUAAUAUUGGAGUGAUUAUAUUUAAAGUAAUGCUUAUAUUGCUGUCUACAUGUGUUUACACUUGGUAUAUGAACUGAUAGAAGUUGAUCAUUAAAAAGCGAUUUGAGAAAAACUUGAUUGACAAGAGGUACAUGUAUACAGUGUCUCAGUAGCAGUAUGUAAAAUGUGAAAAAUACCAUACAAUGCAAACUUUUAAUAAUGAAUGGUAUUUCAAAUUAAAAGAUACAAAAACUGCAUCUAAAUGAGAUGCAAAACUUGCAGUAAAUAAGUGCAGUGAUAAACAAUGUCCUUCAUGAUGAUGCGCAAAAAGCGGUACAAGUUUCAGGUUAACUUCUGCGUUGAUGAACUUUCUUCAGUGCCUUAUGUUAAUGGAAUUAUUUUCGUCAAAGUCCGACUCUUAGAUGGAGGAAGUUUUACAGAAUUGAGUACACGGGAAGAACUGUCUAACCACUGUGUGAAAUGGCGAAGCAAGUUUUCCUUUGUGUGCAAAAUGAAUGCUCCCCAGAACACAGGUGUUCUAGAGUCGUGCUAUUGCAGAGUGUCUGUACGCAAGGAAUUAAAAGGCGGAAAGUCAUACCAGAAACUUGGGUUCGUUGAUGUUAACCUCUCUGAAUUUGCCGGAGCUGGAGUGACGUCACGACGAUGUCUUUUAGAAGGGUACGACUCCAAACACAGACAAGACAAUUCAAUCUUGACUGUUAGCAUCAAUAUGACUCUUCUAUCUGGUGAUCCAUUAUUUAAAGUGCCAGAGAAUAAGCAGCGUAAGUCGCGAUUCUACAUCCCAGGGGAACCAAUAGAAGAACUCCAUGAGGAGAACAAGGGAGACAACUCAGAGGACAGUGUCACAUCAGGCAGUACUGGCUUUGGUAGCCUCCCUAGGAAAAAUAAAUUAUCCACACAAUCCGAGCCAUCAGAACCUGACGAUUCCGAGAGUCACUUGGCAAUAGGUGGAGAACUUGGUCAUAAUAGGAAUGCCAGUAAUGGUAGCCAGCUGUCCAAAGUUUCUGGCUAUAGCAGUAUACACACACAUAGUAGACAGUCUAGUCUCACGAACCAUGAGCAUACUGGACAUUUAAGGAGUCCAAGCUCGGGAAGUGAAAAUAUAGGCCGGUCCUUAGAAAGACGGCGGAAGGGUACAGAAGAACUGAACAACAGGAGGGCUGAGUCCACUUCAACCAGAGUUGAUGCAGAUGAGAUUAUAGAUGAACUUAUCAAAGAAACUGACUUCCAUAUUGACGAAUCAGCUGAAACAUCUGGGCUCCAACUAUAUGUUGCUAAAGAUGGCACUACUGCCCUAGGGAGUCAAGAUAUCAAACAUCGUAUGACAGCAGGGGCCUUUGAACAAGUAGUCAUGGACCAGAGGUAGCCUUAGAUACAAGAUGUUGCAUCAAAUACCAAAUAAAGUGAUAAAUCAAUUGAAGUUACAUUAAAUAUUACAUGUAGCAUCAAACAUCAGACUGAUGGAACUUCAAAAACUACCAAAAGUAACUCAGAUGCAGUAUUUUUAAGGUAACACAUGUACUUUGAAAAAUAGAUGGAGCAUCAAAUACAAGAUGUAGCUCAAAGAUACCAGAGUAGCAGUUUAUGCUUUUUUGAAAAUUAAUGGUUUAUGUUCAAACUAGAGGAACAGACCAAUAACAAAGAUAGUGGACAAAAAAGUGAGAUUUGUUGGAGAGUUUAUUGGAGUAUUCAGCUGUGAUCACUGAAACAUUUUAAAUAGUGCUAUAAGAAGGAUAAAAAAUAGGCUUUAUUUGCGAAGGUAAAAUAAGCAAUCAUGGAACCUUAAAGUGUUUUGGACCAUUUUGUUUAUGUUGAUAGUACUUUCUCCAUUUUUAUACAACUGAAGGGUUUUUCCAGCUGAUUGGCUAAUUCAGAUGACAUGCUGAUCAGUGAUUGGCUAGUCCAGAUCACAUGAUCAUUGAUGAUUGGCUAAUCUAGAUCACUUGAUCAUUGAUGAUAGAGUAAUACAGCUCACAUGAUUAUUGAUGCUGUUUGCUAUGAACAGUUAGUUGUACAUUGACACAGCAAAUUGAGACAGUAUUCUGACAAAAAUGUUGAAGUACAUGUACACUGAUACAUGAUCCUUGAAAUCCAAUGCUAAAGAAAGGACUAUAGAGUGCUUUUUGGAUCUCAAUGCGCGUGUAGAUCUAUCAAUUGGGGUCAAAUGUAUGUAAAAAACAAUCUUAAAAUGAUAGAAUGAAUUAUCAUAAAGAUACCAGCACAAGAUCACAUUGUGCCUUUACUACAACACAAAAAUAUGAAGAUAUCAGGAAGGAUAUUUUUGGUAAAUAAUGUUUAUAUCUGGUAUAUUAUAAAUUAUGCAACUAUAUAACUGAAUAGGAAUCACAGAUGGGCUAUUCCUUGUUCUGUUACUAGUUUCUCCAAACUCCUUAGAAUUCAAUAUUGCCAUAGUAACAUUGUGAAAUAUAAUCCAAAAGGAAUCACAAUUUACAAUAUUUUUGAGAAAUGGUCUGCAGAAUAGUGAAUAGUCCAUCUUUGAUUUAUAGAUAUUUUUUCAAUUUCAUUGCCAAGAGCAAAAGAGGAUUGCCAUUCAAACGCAGAUUAUAGAUCAAAGGAACCAACGUUUAAUUUAUUGUGAAAGAUGAUUAUGGUGAAAGAUGAUUGUGGUAAAAGAUAUUGAUAAGAACAUUUUAUUGUAUUGGAAAUUGUAUGAUUGUUGUCGAUCAGAAUUAUUUAGACUUCAUACUUGUAGAUGUUGUUCUUUGGGAAUGUUGUUAGGGAUUAUAUUGUAAAUCAUCAUUUUUAGAUCAAUAAUUCAUUCUAGUAAUCUUGUCUUAAAUGACAAUUAGUCUUAUUUGUAAUUGUAGCGUUAGGUAUAUUUUUAUACAAAAGUUUGACCAGCAAUGGUUUGAUUUAUUAUGUAAGACUACUGACUGAUUAGUUUGUGUCAAAACCUCAAUUGUUGUUUAGAAUUGAACUUUUUAGGACAAUCAAUUUCAUAUAAUGUUCAAUGUCUUAAAUUUAAUAUUAUGCUACUGGAUCAAAAAAAACUGAGAGACAUGUACAACAAUCACUAAUAAGGAAAACAUA